GGUAUAUGUCACAAGGAAAACAUGCAGAAGCAAGAGAACUAAUGUAUUCAGGGGCUUUGCUGUUCUUCAGUCACAACCAGCAAAACAGUGCUGCUGAUCUGUCCAUGCUUGUUUUGGAGUCUUUGGAGAAAUCGGAUGCAAAAGUAGCAGAUGACCUUUUAGAGAAUUUGGCUAAAUUGUUUAGUUUAAUGGAUCCAAAUUCUCCUGAAAGAGUGGCUUUUGUAUCCAGAGCACUAAAAUGGUCCAGCGGGGGAUCAGGAAAACUUGGACAUCCAAAACUACACCAGUUACUAGCAAUUACCCUGUGGAAAGAGCAAAACUAUAGUGAAUCUCGGUAUCACUUCUUGCACUCCACAGAUGGCGAAGGAUGUGCAAAUAUGUUAGUAGAAUACUCCUCGUCCAGGGGAUAUCGCAGUGAGGUGGACAUGUUUGUAGCACAGGCAGUACUACAAUUUCUCUGCUUAAAAAAUAAGACCAGCGCAUCAGUUGUUUUUACAACAUACACACAGAAACAUCCUUCAAUAGAAAAGGGGCCACCCUUUGUUCAACCACUGCUAAACUUCAUCUGGUUUCUGUUACUGGCAGUUGAUGGAGGAAAACUAACAGUAUUUACAGUAUUGUGUGAACAGUAUCAACCUUCACUGAAGAGAGAUCCUAUGUAUAAUGAGUACCUAGAUAGAAUAGGACAGCUUUUCUUCGGUGUUCCGCCCAAGCAGACAUCGUCCUACGGAGGAUUACUAGGAAAUCUUUUAAACAGUUUGAUGGGAACUGGAGAAGAUGACGACACAGAAGAUGGUCAGGAAGAUAGCAGUCCUAUUGAGCUCGACUGAAUGUUGUUGUCAUUGGGUGCCGUGUAAAUCUGAUGAUUCGAUGACUCCAAAGACAGUUUUGGAAUUUGAAUCCUGCAGUUGUUUCUUGGCGCCUAAAAGGGCUCCUCUGGUCUUUUAGAAAUGGUUGCUGAAAUGUUUAUAAUGUUUGGUCUAUAUUAUUUAUGUAAAAAAAGAAAGAAACCAACAAAAAGUAGCCAAACGAACCAAUUGGAGCAAUUGUCCGAUACAGCAGCUGGUGACUUUGAUUAAAAUAUAGUCUUCUACGGUUUCUGAUGCAGUAUUCCCUUUUGCACAGUAAUUCAAUAAAGCAUAAAUAUGGGUCUUGUACUUCAUGGCCUACUCAAUACCAUCUUUGUGGUGAGAAAGCCUCCUUGACCUCUGUCACCUCCAAGG